UGGAGCUGAGGGGAGGAACUCUGAGCGCGUGCCUUGAUCGCCUGUGCUCACAGCGAGAAGCGAAGAUGCGUCUUCCCUUUCCUCCAGUAACGAAACCCUCGAGCUCCAUCCUCUUGUCCCAAAGCCACAAACUGUUCCCUUCACGGCUUUCCAGAGAGGACUUCCCGGGUCUGUGCUGGUGCACCGCGGAGGAGGCGGCCAAAGUAGACAGCAAAGAUCGUCCGACCGGGGACCACUACUACGAGUCGGUAUGGGUGCGCUAACGAAAGGGCGUCACUUUACCACGGCUGGUCUUCUACUUCUUGUUUGUUGCACAUCUGUCACCUCCAAAGGUGCAACAGGGGAUGCUCAGUCAGGAGCCCAGCCCUCAGUGCAGGGCACCCUACCCCACUUCAUCCAGGAGCCAGAGGACGCCUACAUAGUCAAGAGCAAUCCCAUUAAACUGCGCUGUCGAGCCACACCUGCCUUGCAGAUCUUCUUUAAAUGCAAUGGAGAAUGGGUUCACCAGAAUGAGCACUUUUCCCAUGAGUAUAAAGACAUCAGCACUGGGCUGAUGGUACGAGAGGUGAUGAUCAACGUGUCCCGUCAGCAGGUAGAAGAUUUCCAUGGCCCAGAGGACUACUGGUGCCUUUGUGUGGCUUGGAGUCAUCUGGGUACAUCCAAGAGUCGCAAGGCUACUGUUCGCAUCGCAUACCUGAGAAAAAACUUUGAGCAGGACCCCCAGGGGAAGGAAGUGCCAAUCAAUGGGAUGAUCGUUCUGCAUUGUCGCCCUCCGGAGGGAGUGCCUGUGGCGGAGGUGGAAUGGCUGAAGAAUGAAGAGCUUGUGAGUUCCUUAACUGACGACAACAUCGACACUAGGGCAGACCACAACCUCAUCAUAAACGAGGCUCGUCUUUUGGACUCUGGCAACUACACCUGCCUGGCAAGCAACAUUGUGGCCAAGAGACGCAGUGCCACAGCCACUGUGAUAGUCUUUGUCGACGGCGGCUGGUCACUGUGGACAGAGUGGUCUGCCUGUAAUGUGCCAUGUGGGCGAGGCAUGCAGAAGAGAUCUCGGACCUGUACUAACCCGGCACCGCUGAACGGGGGAGCUUUCUGUGAGGGCAUGUCUGUACAGAAGACAUCCUGCAACUCCCUCUGUCCAAUUGACGGAGGCUGGGAUGAGUGGAGCCAAUGGACUGUAUGCGGGAGACAGUGUGAGAGACAGCGUAGUCGGGGGUGCAACUCUCCGGCACCCAAACACAGAGGCAAGAUGUGCGAAGGGAGCGCAGAGUCCACUGAGAACUGCUCGGAUGGACAGUGUACACAGGAUCAAAAGCUGCUAGAUGACGUUAAACCUCAAAGUAUGGACAGUACCAAUGACAUAGCUCUAUACUCAGGCUUGGGAGCUGGCAUUAUUACCGUGGGCAUCCUAGUAGUGGCUAUCAUGCUGUACAGGAAAAAUCAGAGCCAGUACGGCGUGGACGUCAUUGAUUCCUCUGCACUCGCCGGGGGAUUCCAGUCUUUCAACUUCAAGACUGCUAGUCAAGGCAACCCCCUGCUUCUCAACUCAUCAAUACAACCAGAUUUAACUAUGGGCCGCACCUACAGCACUCCCCUGUGCUUCCAGGAUGGUGCAGACAAGGAGCUUUUCGACCCCUUGCCAGACAUCAAGGUGAAAGUGCAAAGCUCAUUUAUGGUCUCACUUGGUGUGGCAGAGCGGGCAGAGUUCCAUGCCAAAGCCCCCGUUGAGACUUUCCCACACGACCUGAGCCGGGAUUACUGCAGCUCAAUGGACAGAUGCAAGACAGGUCUGCUCACCUUCAAUGGACCUUUGAGUACCUGUAAAGAGCAGCUGAGGACCACUGGUGUGUUUGGUUACCCUGGAGGACGGCUGGUGGUACCGAAUACUGGAGUCAGCCUGCUGGUGCCGCAUGGAGCUGUGGCUGAAAAUAUGUCCUGGGAGAUGUACAUGGUGAUCAGUCCAGGGGAAGCGAGUGUCAAUACACUGGAAGGCUAUGAAAUCCUCCUGAGCCCAGAGGUGACGUACGGUCCUCCCGGUCUGGACUUAUCCUGCCCAGUGGCCAUGACCAUGGCUCACUGUGCCGAGGUGGACUCUGAGAAUUGGAACAUCCAGCUCAAGAGGAGGACCCAGGACAGUAAAUGGGAGGAGGUGAUGUUGGUGGAGGAUGAAUCCACGUCGUGUUACUGCCUAAUGGAUGCAACAAGCUGCCACCUGCUGCUUGAUCAGCCUGGUUCAUACACCCUCGUGGGAGAGCCGCUCACACAGGCUGCCAUCAAGAGACUGAAGCUGGCUGUGUUUGGGAACAUGGAGGCCACUUCCAUGAACUACAGCCUGCGGGUGUACUGCGUGGAUGAUACGCCACUUGCUUUUCAGGGAGUCGUGGCGGCAGAGAAGAGCAGAGGGGGUCAGCUCCUCGAAGAGCCAAAGAUGUUGCCUUUCCGAGCAAACACCUUCAGCCUCCAGGUGUCCAUCCAGGAUGUUCCUCAGUUCCUGUGGAGCAUCAAACCCUUUACCACGUGUCAGGAAUUCUCCUUCCCCCAAGUGUGGUGCAGCAACCAGCAGCCCCUGCACUGUGCCUUCUCUCUGGAGAGAUACAGCCCUGCAACCACCCAGCUCUCCUGCAAAAUCAGCGUGAGCCAGGUCAAAGGGCACGAUCAAAUUCUGCAGGUUUACACAGCUGUUUGUGAGACUCAAAAGGAGUUGGUUCCAAUUUUCAUGCAGACAGACUGCACCAUCACAUCCCAGACAGGACCCAAGGCCUUCAAAGUCCCAUCAUCCAUCCGCCAGAGGAUUUGUGCCACCUUUGACACUGCCAAUGCCAAGGGCAAGGACUGGCAACUAUUAGCCCAUAAACUCCACUUGGAUCGAAACCUGGGUUAUUUUGCAAAGCAACCGAGUCCAUCAGCCGUCAUACUGAGCCUGUGGGAAGCUCGCCACCAGAACACUGCUGACCUUGACUCUCUUGCUAGUGCCCUCGAGGAAAUUGGCAAGAUCCAUUCCAAAAGUUCCCCCAAGGACCAGGAUGAGCAUGAGACUGACUUGAAUCAAAUACAGAAAGGCAGCCUGACAGGAACAUGCACAUUUCCAAAUCAUAAGGCGGAGGAGUCUGCAUCUCAAUAUCCAGGCUGAGGGAGAACCAUGAAGAUGUCUGUGUAGUCUCGAAUUAUUAUGGUUUGGUUCAAGGUCAACACAAUGAUCAAUCUCAACAGGCGGAGGUGUGUUUUCCUCAAAUUUAACUUCUUCUUCACUUUGUUUUUCAAAUUACAUAAUUUGUCUAGCAGUUUCUGAAUUGGUGUGAAAAGAAAAGGGGAAUGGACUCUGCCCCCAAGAUAUAUUUGAAAUGAAAGAUACUUGUUUUGGUUACAUACACAAAAAAAAAAUUACUACAGUAAUCCCUCACUAUUUUGCACUUCUAUUUUUGCAAGGUCAUUUAAUCACGGUUUUUCCAAAAUACAUAUUAAUUAGUAAAUCAUGCUGUUUCGUGGAUGAAUACGGCUCAUUAUUAGUCCGAAAAUAUGCAUAUUAAAGCAAAUUGGACCUAUUUGUUGCGUAAAAUAAGCAUGUUCAUGCAUAAAAGAUGUUGUGAUAGUAUGUAGUAUUCUACACUGGUCACCAGGUGUCAGUAAUAUUACUGUAACAUCCGGUGACACGAGUGCUAGGCUUGAUCACCAGAACAACAGGCUUUCAUUGCAGGUUUGAAUUAUCUCACAACAGGCACAAUCAUCCCGAGGGGGCAGUUGCAGCCCAUAACUCAUGCCAAGCUAAAUCUCAACUCCGAACCCCCGACAUCACUUCUGGUCCACCCACAACACACAUUUACAGCAAUACACACAAGCACAAAUCUUAUUUACAGUAUGCCUUAGAUUACUUAUUUUCUCAUAUUAUGUCUACUAUAUUGGGUAGUAUGAGUGUAAAGAUGAGUAUUGGGGUGUUAUUUCAUGUUUAGAGGGUGUUUUCUAGCCUCUAACAAUGAACAUAUUCCAUUUAUGAAGAAGGAAAGUCACUUAUCACGGUCGGUUCUGGAACGAAUUAACCACGAUAAACGAGGGAUUACUGUAUAUGAAUUUCUUAAAAUUCCCUAAAGGUCUAGUUUUAUUAUAAACAGAAGACAUGCUGUAUGUGGUAUGACUGAUAGACAUACAUCAUUUAUAUCAUCUGUUCUGCAGCAGUCAUGGUCGGAGCGACUGUCUGGUGGAGUGAGAUUUCAAACCAUGUCAACGCAGAUAACAGGUUCCUCCACCAACGAGAUAGCAGACAUGGCAGAAGGUGUAAAGCUUAAUUUCCCUCGUGCCGUAGGGAGUGCAUCACUGCCUCCGUCAAUCAAUUACACCAUUAAGAGCUGUCACAUUGACAGCAUCAGCACUCCAAAUGAAAUUCCAUUCAUCUCAAUUUUACUGGGCGAGAGGUAAAACCUGGACUAAAAAUAUAUACAUACUAUCAAAACUUCACAGAAGUAUCCAAUGUUAGUGUUUAUUUCACUCUUACUAUUAUUUUGAAUGCCAUUGUAAUGCAUUUAAUUGAAUUAUUGCAUUGAAUCAAUUGCAACUGUACUAUUCAUAUUCAUCAGUUCUAGGAUACAGUCGAGCUUCAUCAGUUCAUGCUCAAAUACUAGAUAAGACAGCUCUUAAAGGUUGGGAAUGAGGUCCUGCCCCAGAUGGAGGAGUUCAAGUAUCUCGGGAUCUUGUUCACAAGCGAGGGAAGGUUGGAGCGUGAGGUCAACAGGCGGCUAGGCUGUACCGCACAGUCGUAGAGAAGAGAGCUGAGCCGGAAGGGAAAGCUCUCAAUUUACCGGUCAAUCUAUGUCUCCACCCUCACCUAUCGUCAUGAGCUUUGGGUCGUGACCAAAAGAACGAGAUCACGGAUACAAGCGGCUGAAAUGAGUUUCCUCCGUAGGGUGGCUGGACUCACCCUGAAAGAUAGCCUCCCGGACGCCUCCCUGGUAAGGUGUUCCAGGUAUGCCCAGCCAGGAGAAAGCCCGGGGCAGACCAAGGACACGCUGGAGGGAUUAUGUCUCACAGCUGGCCUGGGAACGCCUUGGUGUCCUCCUGGUGGAACUGGAAUAGGUGGCCAGAACAGACCAGUUACAAUUGAGUCAAUGCCCUGAGAAUAAAAUGACCUGGAUGAAUGAGAAUACUCCCAAGCAUCUUAAAGGCCUCAUGACACCACAAAAAAGUUUUAAAAAAUAAAAAUAAAAAAAUGAAAGUACUGACUUAGUAAAACAUUUUUGCCAUACUGCUGUCAUAGAUUAAUAACUAUGAAAUAUAAGUGAUAUGAAGUGGUGAUUUUGACACUCCCCCCAGCGAUUUUUCUGAAUUGCUGCUCUCUUGGGCUUUAACGUCACGAACAGAAAACAUUACGGGAACCAGAUUCAAACAAACGCAGCCUUGAACACAGCAAAUCCAAGAAAGUGACAUAUACACAACAACAGCACAAUAAUAACAUUCACUGAUAUUGCGUUGUGAUGAGUAUGAUGUUUUGCUGGCAGUGAUAGCCACUGACAGCUCUAUGUACACUGCACAGAGCUAAAGACAAAUGACAGCGAUUGUUGUUUAGCUAGCAAUUUGGCAUGAAAACCCAUAUUAUUAUUUUAAGAGUUGUAGUGAUGCUGCAGUCAAAGACGAACCUUUGGAUUUAUUGUUGCAAACUACAACAGAUACUGUACUGAAUUAGCUGCCUAGCAUGUCAUAACAAAGCCUUACGAACACUUUAGUAGCCCAGCACGAGGCUGGCUAUUAUGGCACAUAUUAGUUGGAGAAAUCUGAAUUGACUUCUACCACCAUGGCAAUCUUGUGGGGUUUUUUUUUACUUUAUUUUUUGCAGGGUAGUAUUGAAACAAUUGUCCCUCCAAGUUUGCUGAAAUGCUCAAGCAUCCAACUCGGCGAAUGGCGUCUUUUGGAAAUGUGAACAAGCUUACUCUGUCUCCUCGGGUGCUCCUGCUAAAGCCUUCAACUCAAGCAGGCAUAAUAUUAAAAAUAUAUACAACAAACAACAGAAAUUCAUCCAGAAAUGGACCAUAACAACUGAGAAAGCAUUGGUACGAAUGUAGUAAUGUGUCACUUGCUCCUCCUUCUCCAGUAUCCCAAAGGACUGAUAAAAAGCCUAAAAAAUGGUAAAUAUUUCAACAUUCGAGCACACAUCGAACGCAGGAAACAUGCCUUUCCAUGUUAUUUUGAACAGCUAAAAUAAUAAUAUUAACGUGUUUUGGUGUCAUGAGCUCUUUAAAUAUUAUAAUAAUAGUUAUUUGACUGACUUUUGACUGACUUUUCAGACUGUUGGAAGAAAUUAUGAGCAUUUUUUUUUUUACAAACCUUUUUGGCAAUCAAGUAACUAAAACAGUAAUUGCAGUAUUUCAUCAAAUUUAGUAUGAAAUUAGAAAUUAGUAUGAAUUUAAAGUGAGUUAGAACAAUAUUUCUGGUGCUAUAUUAACAUAAUCAUAAUAAGUCACAAUAAUUAGGAUUAGGACAUAUAAAUAUAAAAGAGUAUAUAGAACGUGACGCAAUUCUCAAGAAAAAUGAUGCUGAUCACACAACAACUUGUUUCAUUUGUCCAAAGAUCCAUCCACCCAUCCAUCUUUGAUCCAUCUACUACAGCUUAUCCUUCUCAGGGUCACAGAAGCUGGAGCCUGUCCCAUCAGGCUACACCCUGGACUGGUCGGCAGUCAAUCGCAGCAACAUAUGGCAACACUGCUAGUGACCAUUGGUCCAAAGAGGCAGUUUAAAAACAUUUACUGUACUCUGAUAUUCCGUUGGCUAUUUUGAACAACAUUGUACGAUCUUUUCGACUAUCGCAGAUAAUGGCAUGACUUUCAUUAAACUGAACUGUCUCUGAUGUGGUACAUGUGAAUGAGUUUAGUGGGAUAACAUGCAUAGUUUUUCAGUUGCCUCUGUAUGCAUUGCCAACCCAUACAAAUCACUACGUUACACAAUUUCUACUAGCAGGUAAAUGAUGUGAAACCUUUGGUUGACUCUUAAACUGUGACACAAUGAAAGACAUCAAUGGAAAUACUAUGCUUUUGCAAUGCCUGUUGAUGGUUUAUGUUGCAUCAAGAGCAUCAACACUGACUUACAUAUUCGACGUUUCAAACAUGCACCGAUGUGUUCUCACUGUGUGUACUGCUUUGGUGUAAGACGAACAUUAUUUCAGGAACUAAAGUUUAGUGUUGUGUUUAUGAUUUGAUUUCAAGCUGAGUUGGUUCUUUUCAUGUUUUUUUUGUUUUAUGUUUUGCUCCACGCAUGGCCUUUGGCUUCACAUCACUAUUAUUGUGCCUUGUUUAACUGCUGUCAAUGGUGAAUCUUGUAAGGUACAAAUGGGGAUGUAAAAAAAAAAAGAAAACACGCUGAUAAACAUUAAAAAAUAUAUAUUUAAAUGAUAAUAUUGAAUAGGCUACAGAGCUUUUCUAGUGCUUAACAUACAUUAUAUGUGUGGUAAUGCCAGGGCAGCUUUGUGGUAUAUUGUAUAUAUAAUUAUAGACAUUUUGGAUGUGGAUGUUUUCUGUACAGUAGAAUUUGCAAAUGUAUAUGCAGCCUUUUGGAAAUAAAUGUACAGUUGAAAGUUAUCAGAAUAGU